CUGCCUGCUGUCAGUGAGCUGUUUCUGCUGCUGCUGCUGCACACAGUCCACAGACAGGGAUUUCUGUGCUGCUGUUGUUAUUUGAAUGCUGGAUCUCUCAUGCAAUGAUACCUCCCUGAGCUAAUUUCUCUGAACCAAACGACAAUACUGAAGCUGUCAGUGUGAGCUUUUUUUUUUUUUCCGGUUAAGAGAGAAGCAUUAUUUUUUCCUGUGGCGUUCUAACCAUGCCCAGCCUGAGUUAGCAACAGAGGGCUUAGUCUUUCUUAUUGGAUUGCUAAUCACUUGAUACAUACAUCGGGAGAUGGAUAGUGGGAGGUGCCGCUGGUGGGUGUCACGUUAUGUAUAUAUUGGAUAUUUUUCCCCACUCGGAGAACGCCAUUCGGAGGCUGGUUCUCUGAAAAGCUUUCAUCUUUAACACGAGCUUAAGGAUCUGGGCUGAGGAAGGAGAAUGUCAUUCUACACAAGGCAAAGGCACGAUCAGUCGCUUCUGCUGCUUCUUGCCGUGCACAGAUUUGAGAGACGGCUGCAUUGAGGAUUCGUUUGUUUCGCAGCCAUGGGCUGCAGCGCUACAAUGGGAACCAAAUAGAAAGCACACAGUGUGUACAGGAUGCCUGGGCAGUGGCCUUUCUGUCUGCUUCUUUAUUAAAGGAAGAAGGUCUUGAAUGAGAGAAAGGGCCACCCGGUUUGAAAAAAAGAACACAGGGAAGGGAAGGCUUGUAGUUAUUAUUUGAUUACAGCAUUUUUUGCAAUAGUGAAUUUUUCUCGAGCACAUGUGCAACCCUCUGCCACCCUGUGCCAGCUUUCUAUGGUCUGCCAGCUUCAGCGUGAACCCAUGAGCCGGCCAGCCACUCUCCAACGCAGGACCACCUACCUCAUCUCGCUGACCCUGGUCAAGCUCGAGGCAGUGGGGGGUGAAGGAGAUGGGGCCGCAGAUGAUGUGGAUGCCCUUGAAAGGGCAUCUUUCCUGGAGGGGCAGAUUGAAGGUUCAACCCAGCAGGAAGAUAAGCAGAAUCCUGAGAGAGAACGCAGGGUACCCGGAGAAGGUGUGAGCUUAACCGCCAGUGAUGGGUCUCCCUUGAGUCCAUUUGACCCUCGAUUUGAACCUUCUGGCACCCGAACAGGGUUCAAAGAUGUGGAGAAGAAGAAGGAGGAAGAAGGAGACAUUCUACCGGAAGAGAUGAGUGGAGGGAGGACUCGGCCCUCGGUCCAGCAGACAGAAGGCCAGCUUCCAGUGGAGACUUCCAAAGCAUCCAGAGAGCUCAAACCCUGGAAGUCGGUGGAUAUCGAAGCCAGCCGGACGGCAAAAUGCCAGAUCCCGGUCCGGAUAGGGCAAAGGCCCGGCUUGCUGUUGAAAUCCCACAGCACCAGUAGGAAAGACCCAAAGGAAGGCUUGAGCACGGUGGCGGCAAAGAGUCUGGAUAGGAAAGAGAAGGGAGACAAAGCAGGAGGGGGAAGCAGCCGGCUAUCCUGGCCUGAAAACGAAGCGAAACCUAAGGCCAAGGGGAGCGGCCCUGCCAGGGGGAGCCCCACAACCGAGGGGCAGGUGAAAACCGGAGCCCCCUCGACCGUUAGCCUCAUCCCCAAGCCCCCGAGGAAAGGGAAGAGCCGCACGCUGGAUAACAGCGACCUGCACUGCCUGUCGGAGGACCUCAAGAGGGGGAAGGAGGGAGAGAAAUCCCGGACCUCGACUCGGGACCGAAAGAUGCUGAAGUUCAUCAGCGGGAUUUUUACCAAAAGCUCUCCGGCCGCGAGCGUCUCGUCCCCUCCGUACGGGACCAUUCCAAGGGAUUCCAGCAAUGAGGACCGCUCGCUAGGGGUGGCGUUUUCUAGCACUCAGGAAUGGUCACUCAGUCGCAACAUUUCCGAGCUCCGUCUGGGCAUCGUGGGAAGUGUCCGCAGUGGGAAGUCAGCUUUGGUCCACCGGUUCGUCGCGGGCAGCUAUCUGCCACUGGAGUCCCCUGAAGGGGGUCGGUUCAAGAAGGAGGUGCAGGUGGAAGGACAGAGUAAUUUACUGCUGAUCCGAGAGGAAGGCGGACCUCCAGACUCCCAGUUUUCUAACUGGGUGGAUGCGGUGGUGUUUGUCUUCAGUCUGGAGAAUGAAGACAGCUUCCAGGAGGUCCUCAAGUACUACACACUGCUGGCUAACUACCGCAAUACCAGCGACAUCACUGUCAUGCUGGUGGGCACGCAGGACAAAAUCAGUACUUCUAACCCUCGGGUGAUUGAUGAUGUCCGUGCCAGGCAGCUCUGUAACGACCUCAAGCGAUGCACCUACUACGAGACGUGUGCCACCUACGGGCUUAACGUGGACCGUGUCUUCAACGAAGCGGCGCAGAAGAUUGUGUCUCUGAAGAAGCAGAGUGUUCUGAUGGCUUCCUGCAAAUCCCUGCCCAACUCCCCCAGUCACUCCGGCAGCUCCACCCCAGUGUCAGGACAGAUCCCUGGGCAGGCCAGCAACGGCGGUCAUGCCAGUGACUACUCCUCCUCUCUCCCCUCCACCCCAAACGUGCCUCACCGGGAGCUGAGGGGUGAAGCAGGGCCAGGCUCCUCCACUCCAGGAUCUCUACACAGGGCACCACGACGUCGAACCUCCCUCUUCACGAACCGAAGAGGCAGCGACUCGGAAAAGAGAAGUCUGGAUAGCAAAGGGGAUAACAUCGGCAGCGGACGAGCCAUUCCCAUCAAACAGAGCGUUUUGUUGAAAAGAAGCGGAAAUUCUUUGAACAAGGAGUGGAAAAAGAAAUACGUCACGCUGUCAAACAACGGCGUUCUCUCCUAUCACCCUAGUAUGAACGACUACAUGCAGAACUCCCAUGGGAAGGAGAUUGACCUGCUGAGGACGACGGUCAAGGUCCCAGGGAAGCGGCCACCUCGAGCAGUGUCCAGCUGCGGAUCCUCCGCCGGGAUCAACGGGCUGGUCAAGGACAUUGGCGGCAUGGGCGUGGCAGAGACUGCCAGUGCCCCUUCCUGCCCCAGCGGCCUGCUCCCGGUGGAUGAACAGGCCGUCAGCAGCGCCUCCAAAUCGGAGAGGAGCCUCCAGCGCUGCCCCUCCUCGCUGUCCAACAAGGGCCAGAGCAUCGACUCUAACCUGUCCAUCGAGAGCACGGCCAGCCCACCCAGCGGCAAGGACCCUCCCCCUCCAUCCCCCAUGAUCGACAGGAAGAAGCAUCGGAGGAAGAAGAGCAUGAACCUGAAAGGAGACAUGACAGUGGGGCAGGCAGAGGCCAAGCGCAAAAUGUGGAAGUUAAAAAGCUUUGGUAGUUUGAGAAACAUUUACAAGACAGAGGAGGAGAAUUUUGAGUUCAUGAUUGUGUCGAGCACCGGGCAGACCUGGCAUUUCGAGGCCUCCAGUCUGGAGGACCGGGACUCCUGGGUCCAUGCCAUCGAGAGCCAGAUCCUGGCCAGCCUGCAGUCCUGCGAGAGCAGCAAGAACAAGGCGCGCAUGGACAGCCAGAGUGAGGCUGUCGCUCUCCAAGCAAUUCGCAACACCAAGGGCAAUGCCUUCUGUGUGGAUUGUGGGGCUUCCAACCCCACCUGGGCCAGCCUGAACCUGGGCGCCCUGAUCUGUAUCGAGUGCUCGGGGAUCCAUCGGAACCUUGGGACCCACCUGUCGCGAGUGCGCUCCCUGGACCUGGACGACUGGCCCCUGGAGCUGACCCUGGUGCUGAACUCCAUCGGCAACGAGAUGGCCAACAGCAUCUGGGAGAGGAACACCCAGGGGCGUAGCAAGCCCAGCCCGGACGCCACACGGGAGGAGCGUGAGGCGUGGAUCCGUGCCAAGUACGAGCAGAGGCUGUUUGUGGCAGAGCUGCCGGACUCCGAGCUAGGGGUCGGGGUGCGCUUGCUGAACACUGUGCUGGAGCGAGACCUGGCCUCCCUGCUGCUGCUCCUCGCUCACAGCCGGAAAGAGGAAAUCAACGCUCCCCCACCCCCCCGGGACAAGGAUCGCCGCAGCGCCCUGCACUUGGCCUGCGAGACCCCCGACGUGGUCAUGACGCAGCUGCUCGUCUGGUACGGCAGCGACGUCAAGGCCCGCGAUGCCCAGGGCCAGACAGCGCUGGCGUACGCUCGCCGAUCAGGCAGCCAGGAAUGCGUUGACAUCCUUCUGCAGCACGGGUGCCCAAACGAGGGCCUGGCAGCGCUGCCCACCCCCAGCCUGAGCCGCAAGAGCAGCACGACCAGCAUCGGCCGCACCAACUCCCGCAGGGGGGUCUCGUAACCACAGCAACAGCAGCACGGGACCGGACCACUGCGGGCUGAAAAGGGGGAGGAUGCUCUCUAUCUGGACUCUGCCCACUUUGGUGACAUCACAGACAGUGCCUAUAUAUGCCAACCAGCUUUGUACAGGGUGAACGCCAAUUAAGGGUCAAAAACCGACAGUUUAUAAAUAUGCAGACACUACUGAUAAAAUAGCAACAGUAUUUGCGAGCUGGUAAUUAAGACAGCUUCAUGGCAGGCUCUUUAUUUACUCGGGAGGUAAAACAGUGACCAUUGCUUUUAGAACAUUUUUCUGGGUUUAUUUAUUCACUAAAUCUGGGCUAAACUUUUUAAAUUGCUGGUUUUAUUUAAGCAUUAUUAUCCCAUGACGUCAUAACCUGCUGAAUAAUUUACAGAGGUCACUUACCGAAAAGACAAGGUCCAUUAUCUCCUGGUAAUGACCGCUGCAGAGGGUGUUAAUGUUAGUGUUUCAGUAUGAAUACAUUUUCUAAAUGUGUUUUUAGGUUAUAUUUUGGUCUGGAUUGCUAGGCUGAAAUGUAUGUUGCAGUUUUAACAUCUUUCAACAGUCCUUUUAGUGGACUUUUAAUCAGAUUAUUUCUAAUAUAUUUUGGCUUCUUUGCUUAAAAAUAAAUACUGGUUCAGACCAUCAAUUUGAUUAUUCCAAGAUCUAGUUGUGUUAAAGUGGGACAAAGCUUCAUCAAGUCUUAUCAAAAUAAAUGAUGUUAUUAAUGUAUCCCUUUUCAAAGUACUUGUUGCACUGUCCUGUGGAUUAUAGAACCAUAAAUCAUUUGAUGUGCUGGCUGGCAAUGUUAGGCUGUUUUAAAAUUGCCCCUCCAUCUGCAAAUAGUGUCUGUGUAUUUCUGAACUGUCUGUGCACAGUACAAGAAAAAGCAUUGAAGUACCACACUGUAGAUUUGUUUAAAUCUGGUAGAAUGGAGGAUCCUGUCCUUGUGUUUGUGCAUACGUCACCAUUUAGAAACUUGGUUAGGACAUUCCUCAGCACACAUUACUGAGAGCAUCAGAAUCAUACCGACCACUGAAGCAAAAUAUUGCGGAUGAGGUCAGUGAUAAUAUUGCUUGAGUUCGUAAAAGACAAUGGAUUUGAAAGCCUUGGCAAUCACUCAAGUUUCGUUCCGCCUUGAGUUUACAAGAGAAAUCGUCUUUGCAGUUUAAAUCAUCAACAACCUUUUGACUGUGUACUAUGUAUUGCUGUAAAUCUUUGAAUAUGUUUUAUCCAGAUGUCCCGGGUUGUUAAUCCACUGGGGGGUAUUCCUACCAAAGUCAUUGUACUGCCCAAAAUCUAUGGACCACAAGCUGGAGAAAUAUGUACACAGUAUUGCCCCCUCUAGUGGUUGAGUCCUUAGUGACACCCAGAAGUACAUACGCCACUGCCAUCUGCUGGACAAUUGAGAGACAACAGGCCACUAAAAUACAAAAUGCAUCUGAAAAUACCAAACGACGAAGCUGUAAAAGACUUGAUUGUUUUUAAACACUGCAUAGUGGGAUCAUACAAGCAGCAAGCAUGUAUUUAAAUUGAAUGCAGUGCAUUGUUAGGAAACAGGGUUAACAGUGUGGAGUAGUGGUUAGGGCUCUGGAUUCUUGACCGGAGGGUUGUGGGUUCAAUCCCAGGUGGUGGGCACUGCUGCUGUACCCUUCAGCAAGGUACUUUACCUAGAUUGCUCCAGUAAAAACCCAACUGUAUAAAUGGGUAAUUGUAUGUAAUAAUAAUGUGAUAUCUUGUAACAAUUGUAAGUCGCCCUGGAUAAGGGCGUCUGCUAAGAAAUAAAUAAUAAUAAUAAUAAUAAAACAGGGUCAAGCACAAAAAGCACUUAAAAAUGCAAGCUGAAUCCAGGGUUAUAUAUAUGAAUAGGGGGAUGUGAACUAAUAUACUAAUGUCCAUUUAAAAAAUAUAUAUAUAUAUAUAUAUAUAUAUAUAGGCAUGGACUCCACAAUGUGCAGGAAGGUGUCUCUCAAGGUCACCAGCCAUACACAUCACGCAGUUGGUGCAGAGAGGCAGGCAGAGGAUCGUGAUGACAGAUACAUUGUGCAAGUUCCAAACAUGCUCAAGUCAAAGAUGCCCAAAGUCUGAGUCGUUCUCCACCCAUUCAUGCACAAUUCCAGCGCGGUGGGUGUGGGCAUUGAAAGAAACCAUCGCCAUCAGGGCAAAAGUGUAACGUUACUGGGGGGACUUGAUCCCCAACAAUGCUGAAGUAAACUGCACCAUUCAUUCAGCCUUCCAGAGUAAUCAAGGGAGCCAGGGUAUACCAGGAGAACAUGCCCCACACCAGGGUAUACCAGGAGAACACGCCCCACACCAGGGUAUACCAGGAGAACACGCCCCACACCAGGGUAUACCAGGAGAACACGCCCCACACCAGGAUAUACCAGGAGAACACACCUCACACCAGGGUAUACCAGGAGAACACGCCCCACACCAGGGUAUACCAGGAGAACACGCCCCACACCAGGAUAUACCAGGAGAACACGCCUCACAGCAGGGCCAUGCCAAAUCCAAUCAGAUAGACAGGCAGGUCCUAAUAAAAUGGAAAGGAGCCACUAUUUUUCUGCAAGUAGAGUUUUGGAUUCAUAAUGACCCUAGAAGAAUGUCAGAUUGCCCCGAUCUCGUCCUUCCAUUUAAAACUCACCCACGUGCUGUAUUACAAUUACCCUGGCAGUGUUCAGUGGGUAUGUAUUUAUUACAGUAUCACACCCAUAACCAUACCUAGCAAAAAUACUGCCCUUUUAGAAAAUAUUGUCUAUUUAAAAGAUUUAUGAUUAUAAAAAAAACACAAUAAAAUAACAUUUUAAGAAAAAAAAGGAUUGUAAAAAAAUAUGAAAUACUAUUAAUAAUGUAUGUACAAGAUUGUAUUUGUAUGUAACUUUGUAAGUAUGAAUUACGAUUGCUUGUAACCGUGACAAGAAAGAUUUGUUGUUUUGAAUCCUCAUCAGUGAUGGUUCUUUGGUGAUGGUUUUUCUUUUCCUGUUUUUUGUUUUUUUUUAUUUUAUUUUUUUAGAUAUCCGUUAUCCUGAAAAUCAAGUAUUCUCAAAUGAUCAAAGGGCACAUAGCUUCAAAUGCAAUUCUGUCAAAUUGCUUUUUACAUUUUCUGUACUUUUUAAUGGGGUUAGCAAUCAUGCAGAGUGGUGCUGGGUUCUGCUGCAGCACUAAUAUUUUCUCCUUAAAUCUACCUUUACCUGGCUUUGAGAACCUUAAGGACUGAACAGCAUUCCUCAUUCAAACCAUGUGACAAUGUGAGUUUUUUACUAGCUCACCUGCACUACAUACUGUAUAGACAGUAGUUGCAGCUGGCACUUGAAAAGUUGCAUUGCCACAUGCUUUGAAUGAAGAAUGCUGGUCGGUCCCGGAAACAUACAGCAACUCCACAUUGACGCAGCAGAGCCCAGAACCACUCAGAAUGAUUUCAAUCACCAUGAAACAGAAACUGAACUCCCUGAUUCCACAUUGAGACGGAAACUAGGAUUCUACGGGAUAGAGUAUUCUAGGGGGGUUGAAACAAGCAUGUUUAAAUUUGAAACUACUUUAACUUGGAAUAAUCAGUCAAUGUUGUUUUAAUUGAUUAAUUAAGCUAAUUUGCAGAAUUGAUUGAUUAAAAGCCACUGGUGCAAACCUUGAUAUAUCUCAUCAUUGUGUUGUGUAUCAAAUAUAGCAGUAUUUCUUAUCUGUGACGACCCUGGCAAUAGGAGUAUGUGUUCACAGUCUGACGGGUGUUUAAGGUCUAUAUUAAAGCCUAUGGUAGCCCAUUGAGGUUCAUGUUUGUAUAUAGAGUAUUUCUUGGGAGGAACAGACUUUUACUUUAACGGGAUUUACAGUUUUUCUUCCGAUCUGGAGAUACUAUUUCGAUGGUGUAUGUGUUUUGUUAUUUUCGUGUUUUUAUUGCAAAAAAAAAAAAUGUUUUUUUUUUUUUAAGAAACGUAAAACUUAUACCUGCUGUAAAAUAAGAUUUAUACAGACGACAAGAAAAUCUUAUAUCCAUUUCAUGUUUUUGUUAUGUUUGUUUUCUCCUGUAGAGUUUUGAAGUUGCUUAGCACUCUCUGUUAGAAUGUGACUCUGUGUGAGUUGGUAUAUUUGAAAUAACUAUACCCAAAUGUGUAGCUUCUGUUCUGAAUGAUUAAACAGUGAUUUUCAUACAAAA